UUAUGUGAUUUUUAAGGCCCACACCUGAAGUGUCUGAUAAACAAACCGUAUAAAUGAUGUGGAUUUCAUGCUUUGCUGUCUCCUGACCACUGGACCGGCUCGGGUGUAAAUCGUCCAGGAUUUAAGUGUCCAUCCUAACUCUGAUUCCUCAUCCAUCGGCUGACAUUUCUAACCUCUGACUGAGGUUGCUUGCAUUUCUGCAAAAAUGAAGGCUGGACACAAAUACCUUCUGUUCCACUUUGUUCUGCUUUCUGUGAGCUGUCUGUGUCAUGGAGAUGGAGCUUUCUUCAGUGACAAUAAAAACCUCAUCCUCCCGGGGUCUUACAACAUUCCCUGGAUGGCGGGCAUUGAAGACUUCCGUACCCUGUCCCUCAUCACCAUCCCUGGAACCCACAACAGCAUGGCGAUGUACGGCGGCCCUGAGGCUGAAUGCCAGGCUUUAUCGCUGAGGGAUCAGCUACGAGCUGGAGUUCGAUUCCUGGAUCUCAAAGUGUUUGGACUGGGUGACACCCUGUACGUCAUGCACGGCAUCAUGUACCAGCACACCCACUUUAAGGACGUCCUGGAAACUGUCCGAUCUUUUCUGUCCGAGUUCAGGACCGAGGCUGUGCUGAUCCGACUGCAGCCUGAGUCUUUUGAGAAGAAUACGGUCAAUGAAAUGGUGAGGAGUCUGAUUAGCAAUGAUGAGCACAUCUGGGUCACCUCGGGUAUGCCGAACAUGGGGCAGGUCAGGGGCAAGAUUGUGUUUUUGCAGAAAAGCACCUUCACUAUGGGAAUUCCUCUUAUAGACACAGAUGGGAAAAGCAACGGCAAAGUAACCAAUGUCAAAGAUAAAGACAACAAAAUAAUCAGACAGCUGAACCAGGCCACCGAAGCCUGUGGAGGCGACAACGCCGUCUUGACUUAUUCUAGCGGAACUGGGUUUGGUACUUUCUGGGGUAUGUUUCUGACUCCAAAAAGAGUGGCUGAGAAAGUUAACCCAUGGCUUAACCAGUACCUGAGACAGUUUUACCCCAAUCAGCCCAGACCGUGCUUCGGUAUCAUUGCUAUGGACUUUCCUGGCAUUGACCUUAUUCAGACUGUUAUCAACUUAAACUGGUGGUAAAGUUUAAAGAGAAAAACAACAUAAAACAACAGUGGCAGCAAUUAUAAAAAGAUAAAAAAAAAAACAAACAAAAAAAAAAAACAGUAACUGAAACAAAGGGGUUUGAUCUGAUAUAUUGCCAUUAAAUAAUUCCCUUUUCUGUCACACACU